AUGCCCAAGUGCCCCCAAUGUGACAAGGAGGUGUACUUCGCGGAGCGGGUGACCUCUCUGGGCAAGGACUGGCAUAGGCCCUGCCUGAAGUGUGAGAAAUGUGGAAAGACGCUGACUUCCGGGGGCCACGCCGAGCAUGAAGGCAAGCCCUACUGCAACCACCCCUGCUACUCGGCCAUGUUUGGGCCCAAAGGUUUUGGGCGUGGUGGAGCGGAAAGCCACACUUUCAAGUAAACCCAGGUUGUGGAGACCCUAUCCUUGGCUACCUGCCGGGCCACUGCCAGUUCAGCAGAUGCCAGGCCUUACCCCAGACACCUAGGGCUCUCAGUAGCCCCACCUGCCUUCAAUAAACCUGAACACACGGAA